UUUUCUGGUAAUUAUCUUAAAAAUGAAUUAUCACGACUAGCAAGAGAUGGUCAACGGCGUCUGAUAGUGAGCAUUGAUGAUUUGUUUGCAUAUAAUCAAGAAAAGACUGUUGGAAUCAAAGAAUCACCCAACGAGUAUAUUCCUCCUUUUGAAAAAGCCUUCAAAGAUCUCAUGGUUAAAAAGCAUAAUGUAAAUUUACCAAAUGCCGAAGAACAGCAAUUUUAUGUGGGUUUCAAAGGUAGUUUUGGAGAUCAUCAUCAGAAUCCGCGCACUUUGACAGCGGCAUAUCUUGGAAAAUUAGUCUGCAUUGAUGGAAUCGUAACGAAAUGCUCAUUGGUUCGCCCGAAACUCGCUAAAAGUGUUCAUUAUUGUGAGAAAACGGGAAUGUUUCAUAGUAAAGAAUAUCGCGAUGCUACCAUGACAGGAAAUCAGCAGCCGAGCUCUUCUGUAUAUCCAACUGAAGACGAAAAUGGCAACCCACUCACCACAGAAUUUGGAUACUCUGUUUAUCGUGAUCACCAAACAAUUUCUCUUCAAGAAAUGCCAGAGCGAGCACCUGCUGGAGGGUUACCGAAAUCUUUGGACGUAAUAUUGGAUGAUGAUUUGGUUGAUUCGGUGAAGCCUGGUGAUCGUAUUCAGCUGGUGGGAAUUUAUCGAUCAUUGGGAAAUCGAAAUGCAAAUUCGACUUCAUCUACUUUCAGAACCGUCGUCGUUGCAAAUAAUAUUUAUUUACUUUCAAGUAAAGCUGGUGGUGGUAUCGCCAAGACAAAUGUAACAGAACAAGAUAUCGAACACAUUGAAAAAAUCAGCAAGAAAAAGGACCUGCUUGAAAUACUUUCGCGAUCUUUAGCCCCUUCAAUAUGUGGCCACGAAUACAUAAAGAAGGCUAUUCUACUUUUACUUUUGAGCGGUAUGGAGAAAAAUUUGCCAAAUGGCACUCAUAUAAGAGGCGAUAUCAAUAUUUUAAUGGUAGGUGAUCCCUCUACCGCCAAAUCACAACUGUUACGGUUUGUUCUGAAUACCGCACCUCUUGCAAUCGCGACAACUGGUCGUGGAUCAUCUGGUGUAGGUUUAACAGCGGCGAUAACAACAGACAAAGAGACAGGAGAAAGACGUCUGGAGGCUGGUGCAAUGGUUCUUGCAGAUCGUGGAGUCGUCUGUAUUGAUGAAUUCGAUAAGAUGAAUGAGAACGACCGUGUGGCAAUACAUGAAGUAAUGGAACAACAAACUGUGACGAUCGCUAAAGCUGGUAUUCAUACUUCAUUGAACUCUAGAUGUAGUGUUAUUGCAGCUGCAAAUCCAAUAUACGGUCAAUAUGAUGUACAUAAGCAUCCAACGCAAAACAUUGCACUACCGGAUUCGCUUUUAUCCAGAUUUGAUUUGUUAUUUGUAGUCACUGACGAAAUCAGUGAGGCACGAGACCGCAUGCUCUCAGAACACGUGUUGCGAAUGCAUCGAUAUAUGCUGCCAAAUCUAACAGCAGGCACACCGAUAAAUGAUACUCCCAGUCAAAGUUUAUAUAUGGGAGAAGAUGAGAAAAAUACGAACGCCGAAGAGCCAAUUUGGGAGCCAUUUAAUGAGCUCUUGCACGGAAAUGUACAACGAAAACGAGCCGGAAGAUCUGCUACCAAGCAUGUAAACAUUCUUACAAAUUCUUUUCUGAAAAAAUAUAUUCAACAUGCCAAGGAUACAAUGCAACCGAAAUUGGGGAAACCGGCAGCAGAUUUUAUUGUGAACGUUUACGCAAAUCUUCGGAAUAGCAGUAAUGAUGACGGACAAGCCAAGACAUCUCCCAUAACAGCUCGUACGUUAGAAACGCUUAUUCGUCUUGCAACUGCACAUGCUAAAUCCAGAUUAAGCGAUGAAGUUGAGGAAGAAGAUGCAAAAAUUGCCGAGGAAAUUGUCCGAUUUGCUUUAUUUAAAGAGGUUAUCCCACCUCAGAGACGAAGCAAACGGCAAAAAAAAUCACAUCUCAAACCAAAUGAGAACUCGAGGCGUAAGAGAAAAGAAAAAAGAAAAUCCUCUACGCCACCACGUUCAACCCGUCGCACAAGCAUGAUAAACGGUCAUGAUAGUAUCAGUCGCCAGCAGUCUGCGUUGGCUGAUUCAAUGAUGGAGGAUCUUGUAUUGGAAGAUCCCAUCACGGCUGCACAAGAUCCGGGAGAAGGAUCUUCGACGGCUGCAUCCGGUAUUCCUACAUCCAGAUUAAAUUUAUUCAAAAAUAAAUUGAGUGAUGUGAUGAACUCGACGAUUUUCGAUGGUCAAAUGAUUCUUGGAACUCUUUUGCCGGAAAUAAAUAAAUUACUCGAGGCAGAUGAACAAUUCAAUGAAGAAGAAGCUGAUCGCAUAUUAUUAGCAAUGAACGAUAAGAAUCUGAUAAUGUAUUCAGGAGGAAUUAUUUAUCAGGUUUAG